AUGGCGGCCAAUUGCAUCUUUUGCAAGAUCAUCAAGGGUGACAUCCCCUCGAUGAAGCUCUUCGAGAGCGAAAAGACUCUGGCCUUUCUGGAUAUCAACCCUCUUUCCUACGGCCACGCACUCAUAAUCCCCAAACACCACGGCGCCAAACUGCACGAAAUCCCGCCCGAACACCUCACCGAGCUCCUCCCCGUCGCCUCGCGUAUCGCGUCCGCGCUCGGCUGCGAAAACUACAACAUCCUGCAGAACAACGGCCGGCUCGCGCACCAGGAGGUCGAUCAUGUGCAUUUCCAUGUCAUCCCCAAGCCGAAUGAGACGGAGGGGUUGGGCAUUGGGUGGCCGCAGCAGAAGGGGGAUAUGGAGAGGUUGAAGGGGUUGUUGGAGGAGGUUAGGAGUAAGAUUUGA